CUGACAGGGCUCCGCGUGCAGUGGAACUGUCGGACAUGAUGAACAAUGAUGCAGAACAGCACUCAACGCACCGUAAGCCGUGACACAUCCAAGUCUAUCUCAGCAGAAGACGCAGCGAGAGAGUAAAAACACGUAAGAUACCAGCGAUAGAAACAAGGGCGUGUCUCUCAACGAGGGUGCCCAGCGAAAAAAAUCGUCUUUCAGGGACUCGCCAUCGGCAUAGGGACGACCAAUGAGGAACUAGCGUGAGAAAGACGGUCGCCAAUUCGGCAUAGCAAGGGUUCAGCGUCAUAACUUCAGAUGUCGGGAGGGGAAAUGGUGCGAUAAGACCACGGCGGAAUCGGAAGACAGCGUCGGCAGGGUAUGAUAAGACAUGGCUGCUAGACGGAUCACGACACGAAGAUAAGCUUUUUUGAACUUACGUAUGAUACCAUCACAAACGAGCACUGCUACGACACUGCUGCGACACUGCUAUAGCACAGCGCGGUGAACGUUCAGUGUGGUCCAACAAUUCAAAGCAGUACGGAGUGCAUGUGGGUGGUAGUGGGAAAGCAAAAUGGGCCUAGCCAUGGGUGACAAGCGUGUCGGGGCACGCACCAAGAAAGUAGCCUUGUCAGCGCCGACCCUCAAUUCCAAAGCACUGACACUGCUGCGCCAAAUUCCACAUAGGUGCAUGUCCACGAUGUCCAUCUUUCGCGCCCUAGAUGAGGCUCCAAAGAGGAGUUAGAGACGCCAUUUAAGAAGGGAUCGUUGCCCACG